GAUUUCAUGAUGCGCUAUAAAGGCCCCUCUGCGUAUUGGAUCGGCCUCUGGAGGGAACCAGCCCAGCCCUGGAAAUGGGCCAAUGGCACCAAAUUUAACAAGUGACCAAGCCCCGGCUGCCCUGAGAGCACAGCCAGGUGCUCGUAUCAGCUGCUCGCAUCAUGGCAGGGGAUCUGAACCGCCCCUCUGGCUUUUCUGGCUCCAGGACGCCCCUUUCAGCUCAGCCCCUCAGUCCCCCGAGUCCCCAGUGGCAUCGGACAGUGCUGUGGGUCGGAUGGAUUGGGAACGUUGUCCUGGUGAUUGCUGUGAUAGUGCUGAGGAUUCAGGUUUCCCUCUUGGCGUCUGAGAAGAGACAGACCCCGGCAGCCCCUGGGAGUGAAGGAGCCGGGAGCAGAGAUACAGCGACACCCCCUGGGAACGCAGACCCCAGCACGGCAGAAUGCAGCGCCCGCCUGGAGCGUUUCCGAUCCCAGCUGAGCCAACGUCUGUGCCCCCCGGCCCCGACCGGCCCAGCAGGGGGCUCCGGGUGCAAACUCUGCCCCACGGACUGGCAGCUGCAUGGGGACAAGUGCUACUGGGUCUCCAGAGGAGGUAAAACGUGGAACGAGAGCUGCGACGACUGCUCAGCGAGGGGCUCCCAGCUGCUGGUGAUCCGGGACCCCGAGGAGCUGGAGUUCCUAAAGGACCUGACACAAGGUUCACGUCUGUUCUGGAUCGGACUGUCCAUCUCCUCCCUGGAGAAGGGCUGGACCUGGCUGGACGGCUCCCGGCUGAAUCAGACCCUGCUCCCGGUGUCAGGCCGGACUGAGGGGAACAGCUGUGGGGUGGUGAACGAGAAUCAGAUUUGUUCUGACAUCUGCAGCUCUGCAUUUCAGUCAAUUUGCCAGAGAGACGCCGUCCCGCUCUGAGCAGGGUACGGGGGAGACCUCAGAGCGCGGCACCGUUAGCCCCAUGUCACACAUGGGGAAACUGAGACACAGACACUGACCUGCCCGCAAUUAGAGCGAGUUUGUGGCAAAGUAGAAAUGGAACCCAGGAGUCCUGACUCCCAGCCCCCCUCCCUCUAACCCCCAGCCUCUCCCCGUCUCCCAGGGCUGGGACUAAAACCCAGGAGUCCUGACUCCCAGUCCUCCCUCAGGCAAAGGAGUUUAAAGGGGUUAAUUCCAUUGAGAAGAACAAUUCCAAGCUCUGGGGUUACAUGUUCCAGCAGGAGUUGGAGGUGCUGUGGGGGCAGGGCUUGGGCCGUAGGGGUAAUGCUCUGCACAGCCCUGGGGCAGUUUAGCCCCGGACGUGGGAGGGAGGAAUCUGCCAGAUUCCCAGCUGGUGUAAAUCAGCAUCCAUCCAGGGACUCCAAUGGAGCAGCACUGACUGACCCGAACUGGGGAUUUGGCCCCAUCGACUCCAUUGACAUGGAUUCACACCAGGUGGGGAUCUGGGGUUUCACCUGUAUUUCACUCCUGGUUAAUUUCUUUGCACCUCUCUGCCAGGUCCCUCUCUGAGCUCUCUUCCCCGGCCCAUCCACUGCUCCCGUCCGCACCUCUGCCCAUCCUGCCCUAAUGGGUCGUUAACUCCUGUCACUAAUGGUGGGAUCUCAGCUUCCCCAGUCAGGCAUCAGAGCUUUACCAUGCUGACGUGCUGUCCCCUUGCUAUCUCCUCAGAGCAUCGCUAAGGGGAUCAGUUCCUCGAUCCCAAAGGGAACCUUUCCAUGCAUGUUGCUUGGUGAUCUCUGGGGUCACUGUCUCUGUCAGAAGAGCCGGGUGGGGAUGCUCAGUGGCACUACGGGGAGGGCUGGGGGCUAACGAACACCCUGUUACUCAGUGGCCCGGCAGCCCAGGAGGAGAUGGACUGGGAAAGCUGGAGGGCAGGUUGGCUGACCAAGCCAAACAGACCCCAGUGUCUUUAGGAGCCACCCCCCGAGACAGCUGGGCUUGACUCUGCCAGAGUACAGAACUGGUCUGGUCUGUGCAAGAGACAGGGCUGGCGAGCGCAGACACAUUUUGGGUUUGGUCAUCGGGGCCGCAUGAAUACACCAUACUGAUGGCAAUGUCCGGGAAGGGAGGCAGUGUGGCCUAAUGGAUAGCACACUGGACUGGGACAUGGAAAGCUGGGUUGUGUUCCUGGCUUUGCUACAGAAGGGCCACCCUGGCGUUUGCUGCACCCUCUCUAGCCCCCAGCCUCGGCUGACGGGCUGGAUGCCCCGUGCCUGCUGGGUGACUCCGCGUACGACACUUCAUCUCUUUGGGUUUGUCUCCACCAGGGUUCUCAAACGUUAUUGCACCACGACCCCCUUCUGACAACAAAAAUUACUACACGGCCCCAGGAUGGGGGACCAAAGCCUGAGCCCGCCCAAGUCCUGCUGUCCCGGGCCGGGGGGUGAAAGCCAAACCUCAGGGGCUCCAGCCCUGGGGAUGGGGGACUGCAACCUGAGCCCUGCCACCCAGGGCUGAAAUCCUGGGGCUUUGGCCUCAGGCAGUGGGGCUCAGGCUUUGGCUUCAACCCUGGGACCCAACAAGUGUAACACCAGCCUUGGAUUUGAGGCUGGGGGAGAGGAGCCCCUCCCUCGGCCCAGCCAAGCCCCAGCUGCCGUGGGUGGGGAGAGGCGCUUCUCCCCCGGCCCCGAGCUGCUGCGGUGAGAGAGGGCUGGGGGGGUGGGGGGAGUCAUCUCUCCCCACCGCACCCCAGGGCAGCGUGCACCCCAAAUCCCUCAUCCCCAGCUACAUCCCAGAGCCCACAUCCCCAGCCAGAGCCCCCAUCCCCCCUGUAGUGAGGAGGUGUGGGUCGCCGCCGCCGCCCCACAGAGGGACGAGCCCCUCCGGACACCAGAGAGGGCGGAGCCAGGGAGCUCUGAGCCCGCCCCCCAGAGGGUCAGGCAUGGCACAGGAAGGAUAAAGGCCCCACCCCAGAGUCCCCGGCCUGCGUCCCCCCUGCCACCCAGCUCACGGGUGGCAGCCUCCCCCUCUCCCAGGCCUGACUCACCCUGGCCCUGCCCUGAGCCAGGGCCUGGGCUGACAACUAACUGUGGUUUUGCCCUCACAAAGGCCGCGGGGGAAGACCCCUGCGGCUGGACUAAUUCCCUGCUCGGCCUUCUCCCCGACUUAGUGAGGCAGUGGGGGGUCCCUGCCACCCCAGGGAGAGAUGAGCCCCGGCUAGCCUCAUUACACCCCCACACCCCAACCCUCUGCCCCAGCCCUGAGCCCCCUCCCACACUCCGAACCCCUCGGCCCCACUCCCAUCACGUGAACUUUGGUAAGUGCACCCCUAGGGAGGGGCUGUGUCACAUGUCACAUAAAAUUCAUUCCACACAUGGAUGUAAAUCAUUAGAGGGAACAGUGGUUGUGACCCACUUUGGGGUCCCGACCCACAGUUUGUAGUAUAGACCAGCGGUUUCAAUUAGACACUUGGGUCAGCUGGCUCUGGUGCAUGGGGCUCGGGCUAAGGGGCUGUUUAAUUCCCAGGUGGACAUUCUGGCUCGGGCGGGAGCCUGGGCUCUCGGACCUUUCCACCUCGUGGGGGUCCCAGAGCUCGGGCUCCAGCCAGAGCCCCAGUCGCGAUACUGCAGUUAAACAGCCCCUUCAUUUGAGGCCCUGUCAGCUGGCACGGGCCAGCCACAGGUCUCUAACUGCAGUGCAGACACCCUUUGUGGUUCAGUUUCCCCAUCUGAGAAACGGGGAUAAUGAGACUUUGUGAAGUGCUUUGAGAUCUACCGUUGGACAGCUCUAGAUCCGAGCGAGGGAUUAUUUCUAUCGCACGGACAGUAAAGAUUCCUGUUAAACCGUGCAAAAGCAGAGUGUGUUUAUUCUUGAUGUGCCGCAGAGCUGACAGAACCCUGGCUUGGGAUUCAGGACAACUGGGUUUAUUCCUGUCUCUGACCUGUUCUGUGACUUUCCACAAGUCACUUACACUCUCUGUGCUUCCGUUUCCUCUCCCAGCCUUUGUCUGUCUUGUCUAUUUAGACUGUGAACUGCUUGGGGCACGGACUGUCUCUCCCUGUGUGUCUGUGCAGCGCCCGGCCCAAGGGGCCCUGAUCUC